UCCAUUGCAAUGCAGCGCUUCCUCGCAACCACAAAGUGACGUCUUUUACUAACAAAUGCGAAACUCCUUUGGAUAAGUAUUCAGUUAUUGUGAAUUGGAGAUAGGAACACAGAUUGCCAGAUGAGUGGCAAGAAAGAGUAAUAUGAAGAAUUAUAUAUCAUUCCUGUUCAUCUUAAUUGCGCAGGUACUUCUUUCAAGGCAAUCCAUAUAUGACCGCGAUAAAACAGAAGAAUAUGUUGGCUGUUUCUUAGAAGGCAUAGAAAACCGCGUCUUCUCGCAUGCAUCCGGGGAUUACCGCGUGAAUGAACUCAGCCCAGUGCAGUGCAUGGUGGUAUGCGGUCGCAAGUUCAAAUAUGCAGCCAUUCAAAACGGGCAGUUUUGCAUGUGCGCCGACAAGAUUCCGCUAAGCAAGGCCAGUGAGGAUCUUUGUUCAUCCGUUUGUCCGGGAACUUUAAAUUACCCUAUUGGGGAGACAAAGCCAAAAUGUGGCGGCUUAAACACGAUAAGUGUUUACUCAAUCAAAGACCGGAUUUUAGGGAUGCGCAUUCUCAACCCAGGCCCUGUUCGAAUUUUCGAGAGAACAAGUUUUGGAGCCAGCAUUGCCAAUGGCUUGGAUUCCACUUUUAACUUUGAUUUUGGUGAUGGCGAUGGAACGAAACCCUUAUUUAGCAGUACCCCAAAUAUAUCCCACAUCUACGACAGACCAGGGACAUACGAGCUCAUUUUACAAGCACAAAACAAUGUAUCCGGAAUGCAGGAAACCACAAGGAAAGUUUCUGUUUUCGAUGACCUCGAGGGAGUUUCCAUAGAAUGUCCCACGUCCACGUUUGUUGGAAGACAAGUUCAGUGCAAUGGAACCGUAGCACGUGGAACAACGGUGAACACGGAAAUCGACUUUGGUGAUGGAAGCAAAGAGAAUCUAUAUAUAAAUCCCGAGUAUGCCUCUGUUGGUCGCAAAAUACCAACGUUCAAGACUCUAGAGACAGCGAAAUGGACAACAGCAGCAACAUUUAUCAUGCCAUCAGCAGAAUUCACGGAAGAGGAAAUAAUAACGCACUGGGAAGUUGACGCAAUGACUGCUGGGAAUAUUUUGCUACAGAUAUUUAGGCCUAGCUGUGGUUCUGGUGAACAGUUUUGCCAAUCAAAUCAUUCAUGUAUCUCUGCGACUUUGCCUUGCGAACCCGUUGGCCAACAUUCAUGUGGCAGUGCUGAGAUAUACUGCUUGCACCGUGGUCGCUGUGUCCCCAAUACAGCCCAAUCAAUGUCUACAUGUGAGGCCAAACGUGAUUUUCAUUUCGCUAGCACACCAGCUGAUUAUACUCUUGUUUAUCAACACACAGUAAAUAUUGAUGUCUCUGGCCAUCACGUCAUUAAACUGCAAAACAGCGAAAAGUUUCAAACCAAGCCAGGCGAUGUGAUUGGAUGGAGCUAUUCGGCCUCCGCAGCAUCAGGUGCAGUAGCCUAUGGCAUGAUCCCUGAUGGCUCAAAUGAUGCUCCUGAAUACCAAUAUCCAGUGACAACUCAAGUGGGCAGUAAGGUUUUGCGAGCCAAUGGCGUAAAAGUGAACUCACAUCAUAUAAUCAGUGCUCAUUAUAGCAUUAAAGCGAGCUUCAUUUUGUACCACACAUUUUCUAACACGGGUGCUUAUCUAGUGACGUCAACUAUAAUGCCAAGCUUCUACAUCUAUACAGAUGUUCCAAUUUCAGGAGUGCAACUCACAUGUCCUACGCUUACCUCUACGAACAUCUCCAUUGAUAUUAAGAUACCCGCCCAUACGGGAAGCAACACAACGUACGAGUGGUUGCCUGGAGACUAUCGCGUUGCAACAACAACAACAAUUGGGGAGUAUUCUUUAGUGUAUCCUAAACCAGGCAUAUACACAUUCUCUUUUGCUGCAUACAAUUCACUUGGGCGGAUAACGAAAACGUGCAUUGUGAGGGCACUUGAUAAGAUUUCUGGACUGAAAUUCGACAUGCCUGUAGAUGCUGUUGCGUUAGGACAAGAUACGGUAACAACUUGGUCAGUUGAACACGGAACGAAUGUUUCCUAUGUGAUAGAUCUCGGAGAUGGUAGCCCUAAGAAGAUACAAGACAUGAGUGGUAAGUUCCAAAGCAAGAUGACUGUCCGGUACCAGUACCAGAAAGUUGGUCGGUAUAACAUCACAAUUGAAGCUUCCAGUAUUGUCAGCCCUCUAGUCAUCAUAAUGACCACCGCUGUCGUCCAGAUUCCACUAAAGAAUUUGAUAUUUGUAACACAUCUCCCUAAUGUGAACAACAAUGCUUAUAUUGCAAAGAACGACGAAGUUGUGAUGAAUGCACAAUUAGAACAAGGAUCUAACCCCUUGUGUACAUACAAAUUUGCAGAUGGGACCGUCAAGCAUCAGACAAGCAUACUUACAGUAAAGCAUGUAUAUGGUGCAGUCGGAGAAUACAGAGCCAAUGUGACUUGCAUGAAUGAUAUUUCAGUCUUACACGCGUCUCUUGGUGUCACAAUCGUCGUUCAAGAGCUGCAGGAAAUAAAGAAUAUGGCUGUGCAGGCAAAGCCGACUGCCUUGGGAAACGAGACAUUGUUAUCACUGCAAAUGGAAACUGGCACGGUGUACAUGUGUGAAUGGGAAUUCGGUGAUGGCAGUCAAAGAAAAACAGACUUCAAGUUGAACACGAUGCCGACUCGCCAUAAGUAUGAUGCUGUCGGUGAUUUCAUUGUGAAAGUAACAUGCACCAAUGUCUUAGGGUCACAGACAGCUUAUGUCACUGUUUCCGUGGAAAUUCCAAUUACAGGACACGAAUUAAAAUGUCCCAAUAAAUUCAUGAAGGUUGGACAGCCUUUUACAGUCAAGUCAUCUACUAAGACUGGAUCUCGGCUUGAUGUCACUUUUGACUUUGGCAAGGAUGAGCCUGCUAUCACAGUUAGUGAAAAUGUGAAUCAAAGUUUAUUAGCAUCUCAUGUUUUCAACAACCCAGGCAUGUACAGUAUACAGGUGAUUGUUAAAAAUAAGUACAACUCUAUAAGAAGCAGCUGUCAAGAUAUCAUUAAAGUGGAGCAUCCUGUGUCAGGGAUUCGUAUUAUUACCAACAGUCCCAUAAGAUAUAGCCCGGGCAUUGCUGAGUACCACUGGUUUCAAAGCCCAGGAUUUGUCGUUCCUACCGAUGCGGUGAUCUCAUGGGAUUUCGGAGAUGGCUACUCAGUGAAUCGUAUUCCAAUUAACUUCAGCAAUUUGUCAGAAAUUAUUACCACUCAUAAGUAUAAUUCUACUGGGGUUUUUAUCACAAAAGUCAAAGUAGAAAACAAUGUAAGCAGCAUUGGAUUUGAUUUGGAAAUUGACGUGCAAAAGAUGCUACCUGUAUCGCUUGCAAUCAACAGCAAAAGCAGCCAAACUGGGAAUUUGGUACCCGGGUAUGGACCUAAGAACAACGUCUUUCCUCUUGAGCAGGACCUGCAGUUGUCUGUGACAAAGCAGCUGAAAGAUAAAUGGUAUUUUAUAAACUUUGAUAACGGCAAGACGACGAAUACCACAAGUGAAAAAGUCACAUACAGCUAUCCACAGCCUGGAAGGUAUAAUGUUUCAGUCAUAAUUGAAAAUGUUUUGAAACGCACAACAUUGUGGAAGAUCAUUGUUUUGCAAGAAAGCAUCCAGGGCAUGAAUUUUGAUGUGCCAUCUACCAUUCAUCUGAAAACAGUUGCUACAUUUAAGAUAAAUCCAAAAAGCAUUGGCUCGUCCGCCUGCUAUAUUCUUUCCUUAGGUGAUGGCAACGUAACUGUUUUCAACAAUACUCAAUGUGAAAAUUUGAUCAUAUACACUAUCAACAAAUACGUUUUCAAAACUCUCCCCAGCCAUGCUUUUAGUUACAACCACACAUAUGCCGCUAAAGGGAGCUAUAACGUUUCUCUUGAAGCCAAAAACCUAGUAAGCUAUGAGAAGCUUACAAAGCAGGUAGAGGUUAUCUACAAGCCUUGUGCAAUGCCAAGUGUCCACAUCAGUGGUGGGGGAUCUCUACAAUCCCCACGUACCAUCUUGCGAUCAGACCGAAUCAUUUUGCGUGCCAAUGUGACUUUUGAUUGCGACAAAGCAAGUCACAUUUUAUACACUUGGAGUAUAUUGAAGGCUUCAAUAGACAGCAGUGGUCAACCAAGACUUAUGAACUAUACAACAACAAAAGUCGCUCUUGGCAUUGCAUCUGAUGCUGGCGGUGUCGAUCCAACAAUAUAUGAGAUAUUAGAAAAGUCGCUGGACAUCGGAAUCAGCGUGGCAAAGCUGAAGGUUACAUUUGAAAGUGUAACUCAUGACGUCACCGAUGUGUUCAGUUCAAAUGCAGUCUGGUUGGAUACAGUAGCAACAUCUUUGAAAGCUGUGAUUAAAGGUGGUAUCCGUAGAGCAGUUGGAUAUGAAAUGAAACUCCUUCUUGAUGGCGGUGAGUCAUAUGACCCGGACAGUAGCAAAACCGAUAAGUCAGGAAUGAAGUUCUACUGGUAUUGCAAGAGGAAGGAAGAGUCGUUCACAAAGAACUAUGUCGCUGCAAAUAUGACUGACGGCUGCUUUGGCAAUGGCCAAUUUAACCUAACAGAACCAUCCCAAUCCUUGAUGCAAACAACGCUUGACACUGGAAGGCUUGUUCAAAUGCAGUCGUAUGUUUUCCGUCUAGUAGUUAUGAAAGAUACAAGAGUUAGCUGGUUUGAUCAGGAGAUCCAAGUUCUGCCCGGCAGUCCACCAUCUAUGGAUAUCAAGUGCAAAAUGAAUUGUUUAGACAAACUGAAUCCAGCUCAGCGUCUGGUUGUGGAGAGUUUGUGCACGGAUUGCAAGGCAGGCACAGUGCUCUCUUUUAAAUGGUCUUUGCUGAAAUUGGAUGUAGCCGGCACAGAAACUGAAGUCACUGACCUUGGUAGUAAGACAACUACUGGAAUAAACCAAGCAAACAUUGCUAUUAUUGCAAAUGUUCUGACACCAGGGGAGCAGUACAACCUCAAGGUCAGUGCUUGGAAACCAGGCGGAGAGAAGGAUGGAGUUGGCUUCAGUGAAUACAGAUUCAAAGUAAACAAGCCACCUCAUAGUGGCUCUUGUAAUAUUGAACCAAAUAGUGGCUUUUCACUUACAACGAAAUUUCAAGUUGUUUGUAGCAGCUGGAUUGAAGAGGACUUGCCUUUGACGUAUCAAAUAGACGUCCUGAGAGAUGGAAACCUGGCAAAUAUAUACAAUGGUCUGGAAACAAGAGUUGAAACAGUUUUGCCUAUCGGCAAUGAAGCCAAUAACUUUGAAAUGGAAAUUGUUGCAAAGGUUUCUGACAAGUAUGGAUAUGCAACUAGGAAUAAUUUAAAAGUACAGGUAAAAGAGCCUCCGACCGUAGACAUGAAUGCUGUCAGUGAUGACCUUGCCAAGUUGUCAACGUCUGGCAAUGUUCAAGCACUUACUCAACAGGCAGUGGCUGCUGGAUCAGUCAUGAAUAAAGCUUCCCCUACAAAUUCAACUAAUUCAACAAACGAAGCCAUGGAGGCAAGAACAAAAAUUUUGCUGUCUUUAAGCCAAGUUAAAGUAUGUGACGUCAGCCAAAUUCGCCAAAUGGGCGAUGUUUACAACGAAAUGACUGGAAAGCCAGAUGAAGUAUCUCAAGAUGCACAGGAUGCCAGCUCUUCAGCAAUGGAUGGUAUGUCAGACUGCAUGCUCCAGUCAAAUCCACAGGACCCAAGUGUUAAAGCAGCUGCAAUGACAAUGCUGCAAGGAUCUUCAAAACUUUUGCAAGCCAAUAUGCAUCGUGCUGGCAACAACGGAACAUCAAAUUCCACAGCAAACAGCACUGUUGAUCCUGCCACAGCCAAUGCGACCAGCAAAAUACUUGACACGGUGACCAAGGUUGGUGGUUCUUUGAUGCGUCAGUUGGUAGCGGGGGACAAGCCCACUAAAAUGUCCCUUCCCAACAUGGAUGUGGAGAUGUCACAAGUUGCUGAUGAUGCAGAUGAAGAUGAGGCUGGGUUCAAACUGCCAAGUAUGACGUCGUUAACGGGCAAUCAAUCUUCAGAUGGAAGCAAAAAGUCGGUUGGAGCAAUGGUAUCGUCUAUGACCAACAACCCGUACGGUUCAGAUUCAAGCUCCUCGGACAUUAAAUCCAAUGUGAUGGGCUUGGCACUCACCGAUGGAAAUGGAAAACCGAUUGAUUUGGCAGGACAAGAACUGCAGAUGUUUGUGAAGCGAGAUGCAAGCAAUGACAUGCCCGCAGAAAUGAACAUGUUUGAUGAAAUUGGUUCAAUGAGAUUCCAUAAGUUCAAUUACUCAACCCUAGAAAAUGGAGUGGCCUUUGAAGUAAGGCCUGUUGAUUCCAAGCUUCGUUUAAAGUUAUAUAUUGCAUAUGGAAAACGCCCAACAGUGACGCAGUUCUUACGUAAUCAUACAUUCAUGACUCAAGAGGAAGGACUAAAACGCAAAGCCAAGCUGCCAGACCCGUUCACUUACGUGGUAUCAAAUGGCGAGCUCAACAGAACUGGUGAAUACUACGUUGGGCUGAAACCAUUAAACAGACUCGAGAUAUACGGAUCGUUUGGGUAUACACCUUCGCUUAAUUACACACUUCGGAUAUUUGAAACCAAAUGCAAAGUUUGGGAUGAUGAUCUGAAGGUCUGGACUUCUAAAGGCUGUAAGGUUGGAGCAAAAACAACCUUUAAUAGCACACAGUGUAUCUGUAAAUUGGAUGCUGAGCAAGAAGUGUCUGAGUCGGGGAUCCCAAUUUCUACGAUUGCACCUACCACCGCACAGGCUGGGUCCUAUGGAAGUCAGUAUGCUGUACAACCAGUUCGCAAAGUGAAGAAAGUAGUUAAAAGAGUCUCAUUUGCCGGUGGCUUCUUUGUUGCUCCGAACCCAAUUGACUUUGACAAAGCAUUUGCAGGGUUUGCAAAUUUGGCUGAAAAUCCCGUGGCAUUCUCAACCGUCCUUGCAAUAUUUGGGGUUUAUUUGAUGAUGCUCUUCUGGGCAAGAAGGGAGGAUAGAAAAGACAUCAUAAAGGCCGGUGUGACACCGUUGGAAGACAACGAGCCUUCUGAUCGUCAAUUCUACGAGAUAACAGUCUUCACUGGCUUUGGGAACAGUGCUGGGACCACAUCUAAAGUUUUUAUUCAGCUUUCGGGUGAGGACGCCUCAUCAGAGCCUAGAGAACUUAAGGAUGAAAACAGAGAAACAUUCCGCAAACGUGGACAGGAUGUUUUCCUUGCUAGCUUUGAAGACUUUUUAGGUGAUCUAACUUAUAUACGGGUCUGGCAUGACAACUCUGGAAAAAGGCCCUCUUGGUAUCUCAGCAAGGUAGCCAUUCAUGAUCUGAACACAAACAAGAAGUAUUUGUUUAUCAAUGAAGCCUGGCUUGCAGUUGAAGAGGGAGACGGAUCAAUAGAGAAAGUUAUCCCUGUGGCAGGACCAGAGGAAAUCGCAAGCUUCAACCACUUGUUCUACUCAACGACACAGAAAAACUUGACUGACAGUCAUAUCUGGUUCAGCGUGUUCAUUCGCCCAGCCAAAUCAAGAUUCACAAGAGUUCAAAGACUGUCAUGCUGCCUGACUUUGAUUUACUGCACAAUGUUGACAAAUGCAAUGUUUUAUGAAAUUGGAGGGGCUUCUGACCCAUCAACAACCUUGAAGAUAGGACCAUUCGAAUUUUCACCUGCCCAGAUUGGCAUUGGAAUUAUGAGUAGCUUGGUUAUUUUCCCAGUCAACUUGCUCAUUGUGGGUGUUUUCAGAAGCGUGGGACCUAGACCAUCCAAAGAAGAACUAUCGAAGAAGAAAUCAAGGCCAUUUUGGUGGUUUUUUGAAUUAUUUUACUGCUGCGACAAGAAAAAGUCUCAAUCGGAAUUCAUGGAUAUUAUCACCAGUGUACCAGAUUCUGAGAUGGACCUGAAGAAGAAAGCUGCUGUGAAACCGAGGUAUGAAGCCAAAAGCGAGGCUCAGCUUGAAAGUGGUGAUAUUGGCUUGAAGAUUGAAAACGAUGAAAAAAAGAAGGUGAUGGAAAGCAAGCCAAAGAAACCCAAACGCAAGUUGCCGUACUGGAUGAAAUACUUUGCUUGGAUUCUGCUCGUUUUGACGUCAUUUACUGCAGCGUUCUUCGUUGUAUUAUAUGGAUUCCAGUUUGGAAAAGAUAAAUCUGCUCAGUGGAUCUCUUCUAUGAUGAUAUCUUUUGUACAAGACGUCUUCAUCAGUCAACCUAUAAAGAUCCUAUUCCUUGGUCUUUUCGUUGCAUUGAUCGUGAAGAAACCCAACGAGGAAGAAGAGGAGGACAAUAAAAAGAAGAAUGAUGAAGAGUUUAUUGGUGAAAAGUCAGAUGAGGAUGGUGGAGAGCGUCGAAGAAGGACAGGGGGUAUUAUAAAAUUCACACCUCCGCCCAAGGAGAAAAUACAAUCUGCAAGAGAAACGAGACUCAAAGAAAUAAAGAUGUACGGCAUAGUGAAAGACAUUUUCAUAUACGCAAUAUUUGUCGUUGCUCUUUGCACAGUAAGCUAUGACCAUUUGGAUCCGAGGUCCUACAUGCUUAGAAAGGGAAUUGAGGACAACAUAGCCUCGGCCACGUAUGGCGGUGACAUGGAGUUCUCUUCCAUACAAUCCCGCGAGGACUUCUGGUCAUGGCUGAACGAUACAGCUGUCAACGGAUUGUUUUCCACGCAUUGGUACAAUGGUGACCCAAACGUACCAGGCUUCACGCAAGAUAUGUACAACAAUCUGUUUGGUGGGGCAAGGAUCAGGCAGCUUCGUGUUAAGCCAAAUAAAUGUAAACUUCCAGACGUAGUAAAAUCGUUUGCCAAAGACUGCAAUGAUUGGUAUUCGUGGGAAAACGAAGACACAAGCCAUUAUGACCUGAGCUGGCAACCAAUCAGAAACAAAUCGCUAUUCAACCCCCCAGCGAGCUACCGCUCAUGGGAGUACAUGGGUUCAAAUGAACUGGAAACCUAUCCGUUUAUCGGUGAAAUGGCAGUCUAUAGUGGUGGAGGAUAUGUUGGGGACCUGGGUAAGUACCCGUCCAAAGCGUACAAACUCAUCAACGAUUUGGUAAAAUACAAAUGGUUUGAUCAGCGAACGCGAGCUAUCGUUUUAGAGGCUACAGUCUACAACGCCCAUGUCAAUUUGUUUGCCAUAACGAACUUCGUAGUGGAAUUCCUCCCGACGAAUGGUAUUGUAACCUAUUACUCCAUCAAGAUUGCCAGGCUUUACACCUAUGGUGGCAGUACGGAAUCGUUUGUCAUUGCUUGUCAGUUCUUUGUACUAUUCUUCCUCACUCUGUUUGUUUACCGUGAAAGUAAGAAGAUAUACAAGGAAAAGAAGAAGUACUUCAAAGGAUUUUGGAAUUGGGUCGAGGUACUGAUGAUCAUCCUUGUGCUGUCUACAAUAUCUAUAUACUUCAGUCGUAUGAUGCUUGUCAGCUCCGCCAUCGGCAAAAUCCACUCUAAUCCUGGGAAGUUCGUCAGCUUUAACAAGGUGGCCAAGUGGGAUGACAUGUUGCAGUGUGUCCUUUCCAUUCUCGUUAUGUUCUCAUGCAUCAAAUCUAUUCGUCUGCUAUCCUUCAACAAAACUAUCUCAUUGCUGGCCUCCACUCUAAAGGGAAGUGCUAAACCAUUAUUAGCAUUCUCCACGGUCUUCUUCAUUUUCUUCUUUGCGUAUGUGGUCUUUGGGUUCAUUAUUUUUGUCAAUUAUCUCGAAGACUUCCGAAAUUUCGUCACUUCCAUUGAGUCCACCCUAGGCUUACUGCUAGGCAGUUUUGAGUUUGAGGACAUCAGAAAUGCGCAUCCCAUCAUCGGACCGUUUUACUUCAUAACUCUGAUGAUAUUCGGUGUCAUGUACAUCCUCAAUGUCUUCUUAACCAUUGUCAUGGAUGUGUAUGCCGAGGUGAAACGCGAUGUAUCGUUGCAGUCCAACGAAUAUGAGAUCGUCGAUUUUAUGAUUGGUCGUUUCAAACGAUUCGUAGGCAUUCAGCCGAGUGCUCAGAACAAGUCGGAGUUAGAGACCAAAGACACUUCAGAUUCAGGGAAGAAUGACUCUGACAAGCUCUGUGAGAAGCUGCAUCACAAGAACAAACAUUGGAAGAAGUUCAUCGAGAGUGAAGACGAAAUUACAAAGAAGUUUAAACAGCUUGACAAGUCACUUAACGGUUUUUGCAAGGAUGACUUUGCUGAAGACAACUUUGUCGAAGGCAUCAUUCAGCGUAGCUAUGGAAAUAAUGAAGUCGCAUCUGGUAUGCGAAGUGCAAUGAACUUUAGCGAGUACGCUGAGGAGGCUGAAUACAGACAAGAGCUCUAUGAAGAACUGAACAAAUGGAAUUAGUGAAGCUUCAGUGUCAUUGACUAUUCAUAUUAAACACAAGACAUUUCGCUUGAAUGUUUGAAUCUCUUCUUGAGUAGCCAACACAGUAAUAAUUUCUUAAGUGCACUUAACUACGUAGUUACACUUGAUUUAAAUAAUUUAAGGAGUGAAAGCUGACCCUAUAAGGAAACAUGAUUGUUUUGGUCUUAUUCAUAAUUCGCGUCGUGGUGGACCAGAUGAAAGUUAUUUAAACCCGUGAAACUCAUUGGCUGUUAGUAUGGAAUAUUCAUGCUGUGGAUAAAAUCAUUGUUUCUUUUUACAGUCGCAUUUCCAUUUCUGGCUAAUUCCCAUCACCUGAAAAUGUUACUAGAAUAUUUAUCUGAAAAAAUCGCAGAAUUCAAACUAGGCCACUGCUUAACAAGCAAGUUUAAUUUCCCUUAGCCUUUUUCAUGUCCAUAAAACUAUAAUCACAUUUCACUGAACAAUUACUUUGCUUUAAUUCUGAAAUUUGUACAUGAAUUUAUUUGACUUCUAACUCUUUCUUCAUAUUUGAGAAAUUGUUGCUAAUGAAAUGACGAACCAUUUUUCUGGGAAUUUUUUACAAUUCUGAAUUAUUGCAACACUUGAUUGAGCAAUAUAGCUGAUGUGUAUAUCAAAGUAUUAAAAAGAAAAGACAGCACAAAACAUAU